AUGUUCGCGGCGUCAAGCACGGGAAUGUGGCGGACGGCGUUUCUCUCCCUCAGGGACGAAAUCUCGACCACUCCACAGCCGCCGGUUCCUCUGUUGCUUGAGGAUCUACUCUUCUCUCACUCCAAUUCCAUUCUCUCUGCCGUCUCUCUCCUCCCACCACACGAACUCACUUCCGAUUGCUUGUUCCUGCUCGAUUUGGUUUCCAAAGCUGAUGGUCCUCCCUGGAUCCCUGUGUCUCGUCUUACUUGUCAACUGAUACACGAUGUUUGUGCUCGUGUUCUUCUCCAACAAUGGCCGCUCCUUGUUCACUCUUUUGCUAGUGUCUUGGAGUUUCUUCUGCGCCAACCAAUGCCUUCCCUCUAUUCCCCUGCAUAUUUCGAACCUGUGAUCCAAUGUUUCGAGACUUUAAGACGUUUAAAUAGCUCCCAUCCAGACAACAUUCACCUUGUCCAGUUUCUUCUGCGCAUAAUUCCGUUACUACACCACGACUUACUUUCAUCCUAUGGUUUCUCUAAUCAAGACCCUACUUUAGAUUUCGAAAAGAAGCUGCCUAGCCUCUGGGAUGCCAUGGCCCUUGCCUUUGACAUGCUUGGUGGAGCAUUUUCUGUGUCUGAGUCUUUGUUUCCUAGCCAUGUCUGCCAAUCCACGCUGGAGGUUUUAAGGAAAGUAAUGGACGUCUUAGCAUCCAAGGGCCAGGUUGUCGAAGAUCGAUUUAUGUGGCGGUUUUAUUCAUGCCUUCUAGACUGUGUGCAUUUAGUCCUUACAAAUAUCAAAUCUCCUGUUUCUGAUCACGUCUCAAGUUUCAUAGCUGCAUUGAGACUGUUUUUCUGUUUUGGACUUACUGGCCCACCUCAGUUCUCUCAUUCUGAUGUUGUUCACAAGGAUAAGCAGUCAAAUGCCAAGCUUUCCACAUUGGUUUCUGGAGUAAGUAAGAACGCCAAAAAUGCACCUUAUAGGCCACCUCACUUGCGCAAGAGGGAUGAUUUGAACACCAAGCUGCCAGUGUCUUAUGAUUGGCGGCACCUGUCUGCUCAUGAUUCUGCUAGUGCUGAUGUUAUAUCAUCAGAUUCUGAUUUUAGUGACAGUGACGGAUCUAUAAGGGAUUCUUAUUGUGCACAAAGCUCCAAGGUUAGAAUAGCUGCGAUUGUAUGCAUACAGGAUCUUUGCCAAGCUGAUUCAAAGUCAUUUACCACUCAGUGGAUGGCUCUCAUUCCAACCAGUGAUGUACUCAAGCCAAGGAAGUUCGAAGCUACUCUAAUGACAUGCUUGCUAUUUGAUCCUCAAUUGAAGGUAAGGAUAGCAUCUGCAUCAGCUCUUGCCACCAUGAUGGAUGGGCCUUCAUCUAUUUUCCUUCAAGUGGCAGAGUACAAGGAAUCUACCAAGUAUGGAUCGUUUAUGCCCCUCUCAAAUUCCCUUGGUCUAAUAUUAAUGCAACUCCACACAGGCAUUCUACAUUUGAUCCACUGUGAUAAUCAUGGUAGAUUGUUGAUGCAGCUGUUCAAGAUCCUCUUGCUUUUGAUUUCAAGCACACCUUACUCGAGAAUGCCAGGAGAAUUGCUGCCAAAAGUUAUAAUGUCUCUGCAUGCUAGGAUUAAUGAGGGGUUUCCUUUCAAAAAUGAUAAAUCUGGUCUACUGGUUGCCGCAAUAGGUUGCCUGACAGCUGCAUUCUCUACCUUUCCUCCUCAAAUGAAAGUACAUAAUAUGCUUUCGGAUGAGACAUCAGCAGGUUUCAAUGGAUGUGAAUGGAAGUCAGGAGUUCUUCUUACUUUAUUUCAUUUUGCUGAGCAAUUUUCUGACGCAUCAACAUGCAUUGAGUCUCUUCAGGUGAGGAGCUGUACAGUUACUUGCUUUGCUGGUAUUACAUCCUCCAUAUUUGCCUCUUUCAAUAAGCAGGAAAAGGACUUUAUUACUUCAUCACUUAUAACCGCUGCAUUGCAUGACAAAACACCAUCAGUCAGAUCAGCAGCUUGCCGAGCUAUUGGUGUAAUUUCCUGUUUUCGAGAAACAACUUUAUGUGCGGGGAUAUAUGAAAAUUUUAUCAUAGCUGUUGAGGCGAAUACCCGCGAUCCAUUGACCUCGGUANUGCNUUAUCGACUUUCAUAUGUACGUAUAACAGCAUCCUGGGCGUUGGCCAAUGUAUGCGACUCUCUACGUUACCACGUCGAUGAUAUGUCUUUUGAAGGAUCAAAAACAACUUCACAAGUUGUGAACUCGUUAAUAGAAUGUGCUCUGCGCCUUACUGAGGAUGGGGACAAGGUUAAAUCCAAUGCAGUUCGGGCUCUGGGGAGUAUUUCAAAAUAUGUAAAGUUAAGAUGCGUGACAAGUAUAAAGUCACCACCGGACGAAGAGGUAUUACCUUUGGCCCAUCAACAUUCAUCAAAUUCUCACCAUCUACCCUGUGCGGGAGAUUCAAGCUGGUUGGAGAGAACCGUGCAAGCAUUUCUUUCCUGUGUUACUACUGGUAAUGUUAAGGUUCAAUGGAAUGUUUGUCAUGCGUUAAGCAAUUUAUUCUCCAACGAGACAAUUAAACUGCAGGAUAUGGAUUGGGCUCCAAGUGUUUUUAGUAUUCUACUAUUGCUGCUUCGUGAUGCAUCAAACUUUAAGAUAAGANUACAAGCUGCUGCUGCAUUAUCUGUCCCAGCAACCCCACUUGCCUAUGGGAGAUCAUUCCCUGAUGUUGUCAAAGGUGUGGAGCAUACUUUACAAAGUNUGAAUUCUGAGAGAGAGACAACUCCAGCAAAUUUCAAAUAUAAGAGAUCGCUUGAGAAUCAGUUAACCUCAACCAUGCUGCAUCUCCUGAGCCUAGUUUCAAGCUGUCAUUGUGAACCGUGGACAGAUUUUCUUCUAAGAGAGGAAGACAAUGCGNCUGGAGCAAGNNGCACAAGCACUACAGGCGAGAAGCAGAAGAAAGAGUUGAUCUCUAGAGCUAUACAGUUACUUGCCACAAGCUUAGGGGAUGGACAUAGCCGUGAAAUGGCUGUAAAGUUGCAGGAGUUAGAUAGCAAUGUGAAUUGA